AACUCGGCCACGUGAUCCGUCGUCGCGACAGGUAACCUCUUAAAGCGCUGACUAUUGUUCGGGCGUUUCAGACGACUAGUCGCCAGCACGAUGGCUUUCUUCAAGGCUGCCGUAUUCCUUGUUUGUGUGGUCCUCGCAGCGGCCGGGUCCGCGAGCAAAUCGAAGAGGGCCCUGGUCGGAGGCUGGAAGACGCAGGACCCAACCAACCCCAAGUUCGAGAACCUGGCGCACUACGCAGUGUCAACCCAAGUCGAAGGUCGAGAGUACUACGACACGGUCCUCGAGCUCUUGGAGGUGCAGACUCAGAUUGUGGCCGGCGUGAACUACAAGUUGAAGUUCACAACGACUCAAUCGACGUGCAAGAUCGAAAACGGCGUGGAAUACUCCAAGGAGCUUUGCCAGCCCAAGACAAACAAGGUUGAAGCUGUAUGCACAGCAGUCAUCUACACAGUUCCAUGGCAGAACAUCAAACGGGUUUUGUCCUACAACUGCGAAGCUCCCAAUGACGUCUAGGUCGCUUGACGUCAGCCGCACGUUAAAUGACAUGAAAGGAUGCAUGGAGGCUAUAAAUGCUGGGUGUUUCAGCAAUAAAAAAAAUGAAAGACGUUUA